AUGAUGGUUCCAUUGCGCCCCGACCACCUGUUCGUGGUGCCCACUCCUUGGCUUUCUGUCCUCACGGGCUUCUCAGCCUGUGGGCGAAGACGUGAAGCCCAGAAACAGAGAGCCUGGAACUGGCAGUUGAAGCCUGAACUGUGGGCAAGAUCACUUCGACAUCAGCUGAAGGUCCAACUCCUCUCGGGCCAGGAAGACAAGGGUUUGUCUCUUGAUGCAGAAUCAUCAGAUACCCUUGACUCUUGGCACUCUGUGUGUAGUCUGGACAGCACAGGACAGCCCUGGACCUUCCAGACGAACAGGCAAUUCCUGAAGACAGCGACUAACUCAGAGCAGCCUGCAGUGCUGGAGCUACUGCUAGCUGAGCUCCAAACUCUGUUCUCGGCUGUGCUGCAGGACCACAGCCCUGCAGCUUGGCGCUACCUGCAUGCAGUACUGGGUCUCCUGCCUCCGUAUCGUGAGUUACUAGGUGGUCACCUUGAUUUGCUGCCCUUCUUGGAGCAGCUAUACUGCUGGGCACCCUGGGUCCAAUCCCAACUCCAGCUGGACCUGCUAGGUGCCAUAGACCUGGCUUUUCCCCCAGACAACUCUUUGUUAUACAGUGCCUCCCAUGUUGACUGCCAUCCCCAAAAGAAGAGGUUCAAUCAACCAGUCUGCCCUUUUGUGCAGGCCCGGUGGGGUGGACAGCAAGGAAAGGAAGAACUGGCCACGUGGCUGCGACCAUUGAUACUGCCUGAGCUACAGCACUGCCUGGGCAUUGUUGGUGCUGAGGUGGCCCUGGAGGAGGCCCAGUGGUUGGAUGGUCUUAGUCUCCUGCCCUUGGCACUGGCUAUGGACAUCCCUGUGCAGUAUAAAAGCAGUGAUACUAACAACAUAGAAGAGGAGCCUGUCGGAAGCAAAGAAAUUAAGUCUCGGUUUGACCAUGACAUUCCUGGGGAGAAGCCCUUCCAAAAAAGAAGCAGUGGCUUCUCAUCUGAGGCUUUGUUCUCAGGUAGCCAGACAUUGGCCAUCCUGAAUACAGAGAAAUACCUGAAGAAGAUCCACUUCCUCUAUCUCAAUGUAGCUCCCAGUCGGUACUUUAGGCCCUACGACCUGGUGGUGGUGCCACCAAAAAGGGUGAAUCCUGAGCACUACAUCUUCUCUCCCUUUGGGAUCCUGCACGUACAUCCCAUGGAGGGCAGUGAGGCUAUGACACUGGGUGCCUGGCACCACCAAUCUCUUCUCUGGCAACAGCUCCAGUUCAUUCCAUUCUUUAAGCAUUGCCUUGUACGCAAGGCCUUGACCUGUUGGAAGAGGAGUGUGAGGUGGCAGGGGCUGUGUCAGCUCCGGACUUUCCUAGAGAAUCAUCUCCUCUUGGCUGUGCCCCACUUUGGAGCUGGGCUUCUCCAUAUUAACAGGCUUCUGCAGGAGCUACACUCUGUGCCCUGGCUACCCCAGAAGCCAGAUCAGUGCUAUGAGCUACUGGAUCUGAAGAAGGCUCUAGUCAAGGAGAACAGGAAGGCUCUACAGUUACUCCAUCACUGUUUGAACCUCUGUACUUCCAUUCGUCAACUGGUUCAUGAGGACACAUACCACAUACAACAGGGACUGCAGGAACGAGUACAAAACUGCAACAGAAUCAGGGCAGGCCAAGGUUCCGUAUACCUUCUGAAGGUACAGCGCCAGCAGUUGGAGCAGAAGCUGAAGCAGGCAGAGACCUGGUUGCUGCAGUUGGGAAAGUUUGCCCGCCUGGUCAACUACAUGAUUUUUCAGAACCUUGUUACAAUCUUGGAAGAUGAAAUAACCUCUUUUGUGACCCACAUCCUGCAAGUGAGGCUCAAAGGCAAAAAACCCUUUCUCUCGUCACAGCUGGUCUGUGAUGAUCUUUGCCAGCUGUCUCCUGUGCCCAGUAUUGAAAAUAUGAUCCAGAUUCUAUCUGAGGGCCUACAUUCCAUCAAGGCUUCUGCCCUGAAGCUAAUGCAGUCUACUGACCUGAAGACCUCAAGGGAUUCCCUGCAUCUUGAAGCAGAAGAUGAAGAGGACAACUCAAACUCAGAAUUCCUGAUACCCAAGUUUCAGGGCCAGCCCAGCAAUGCUGUUCAGAUCUUCUGUGGCCCAAAUGUAGGACUGGUGUGGCCCUGGAAGUCUCACCCAAUCACUGAUAUCCUACAGGUCUGUGGCUACUGGCUUCGGGGCCAAUACUUGCCGCCUAAUUAUAGUCAGCUUCAUGAAGACUUGUACAACAACCUUCGAAUCCAGCAGGCACUGACUAUACAACAGGCACUCCUGGAGGGCAUGAAGCAGGAGGUGCAGGAAUUCUGCAGGGAGCAUCACUGGAUAACAGACAUUUAUGAGUUCCUGCAAGCCUGGGGGCCUCAGAAGCUGGAGGAUAUGAGAGGCUGUCCCAUCAAGAACUACAUAACAGUGGUGAGCCAGCUGAAUGCUUGGCAGGCCCUCGUCUCCAGUAUGCCUGUCGAGCUGCUGACAAAAGGCAAGCUGCUGCUGCUGAGCUGCCGUGAUAUACAGGCAGAGAUGGAGUCCAGGCUGGACAGCGUGAGGAAGGAUAUUCUUACACAGGUGCAGAAUGAAUGCUGGAGCCACAGUCAGCAACUGAUGACAGAGCUCACAGGUUUCAUGCAGGUCUUCCAGACCAUCAGGACUGACAUUCAUGCCAUUGCACAGUGCUCCCAGAAGUUGAAUGAAGCCAGUGAACAGUACAUCCAGCUGGAAGAGCGAAUGGAAUACAUCCGGUCACUUCACAAAUUCAUCCGCAACUAUUUUAACCUCUUUAGUGCUGAGAACGAAGCACUGGAUAUCUCGGUGAGGGGGUGAUUUAGGGAGUCACCACCUCCCGGUCUGCUUCCUCUACAACCACAUCUAUUCCACUGCCCUCUGCUUGUCCCACAGCUUCUGGAUAUGUGGGAGGCAUUUCAAGUUGAGAAAAUCCAGGCCUCGGAGUUCCUGCUCAGCAAGCAAUAUGCCAUUGUGCCCAAGCUGCAACAGCUGAUGGCAACAGCAUUGGCCGAGCUGGAAGGCCUGCUUAAGAAGGCCCUUUCCGAUCCCUUCAUGGACCCUACACAAGAGCAGAGGAGCACUGAGUGCAAGCUCAUCUCCCUGGAGAAUCAGUUCAAGAACACAGCCAGCCGUCUCAGUGAACUUCACCAUGCCUAUGUCACCUUUACUGCAGAUGAAAGUCCUGUGCCCUUGCCAAUCUGUGGGACCCGUCCUAUCGUGCUGCAGCAACUCAUCUGGCACCUGUACCGAGUCAUCUCUGAAACUUUGAGCGAGUGGAAGUGCAUAGCUUUUGUCAAGUUCAGUCUGUCUAUGGCCCAGGAGAAGACAGAUGGCUGGCUGACAGAGGCGGCUCAGAUGAGCACAACUCUGGGGGUGCACAACCCAGUGCUGCAGCACUGCAUGAGCAUGCUGGAAGAGUUUCGAAGCUACCUGCCCUUGCUCACCAAGCUGGGCAGCUUCCAGAGGCAGAACCUUAAUUAUCAGUCCCUCCUAAGAGCCUUAGGGGUAGGCAGUCUCCAGAGUAUGGAAUUCCUGACACUGGGUCAGCUGCUCACCUGUCCAUUGCUGGAAUUUGCAGAUCGAAUCAACCAGGUCUGGCAGUGUGACAAUGAAUGGAUUCGUGCUCAAGAAAGCCUGUGGCAGUUGCAGCAGGACUGGGAAGUACGCCAGCUGCGCCUGGUCAGCUUUAUCCUGCACGUACCUUACGAGUCCUCACCCUCCGAGCACUCCAAGAGGCAGUGCAGCCCCCAGAGGGAAGUGGUGGGGAAGGAUAGUGCCACCUUCAUUCUCUCAGACUACAGAAGCUUACAAGAUUCCAUCCAGAAAAGUCUUCAGGCAUCGUUCAAGGUCCUGGCCAUCCAAAAGUCAGGAGACUUACACAAAAUAGCUUUGGAGUGGGUGACCAUCAUGCAAGGCCUGGGUGCCCUGCUGGAGGUGUGGAUGGCUUUCCAGCAGAAAUGGAUUUUUCUGAAUAAAGUUCUACAUGAGAUGAAGAUCCAGUUUCCUAGUGCCGAGCUGUACACUCGUUUCAAGGCUAUGGAUGAUCAGUAUCGGAUGCUGAUGCGCAUCUCUGUAGCUGACCCUAUGGUUCUGUCACUUAUAGUGCCCAAUGCCAAGAGAAGACCCUACUUUCAAGGUCAGCAGCUACAACAGCAGCUGCAAGCAGGAUCAGUGGAGCUGGAGGGCAUUAUCAUGGCUCUGGAGACUGUGCUGUAUGGGGUGUGUGCCCACUUCCCCCGCCUCUUCUUCCUCAGUGACAGUGAGCUGGUGGCCCUGCUGGCUGCCCCUCUAGAGCCUUGUGAGGCCCAGCUAUGGGCACGACACUGCUUUCCUGCUGUGCAUGCUGUAAGCUUCAAGCCCAGCCCAACUGAUGAGAAAAACAUGGAUGACCGAGAGUCAAGCCCAAGCAGACAGACUCAAAUGGAGGCACUUGCUGUGCUAGGGGAAGAUGGGGAGGAGGUGAGGCUGCCGGGGCCCCUUCUUUUGCAUCCAGAUCUCCCCAUGUGGUUGGCCUGUCUGGAGAACUAUCUGCGCUUGGCACUCGUGUACAUGUUGCAGGACUGUGUGGCAGCUGGUCUUGCAAUGAGACCUUCCAUAGGUGAGACCUUUAAGAAGCUGCCUCAGCAAAGCCAGCUGCCCCUACAACUAAAUGUCCAGCACUGGCUAGAUUUAGUCCAAGCCUUCCCUUGGCAAUGUAUAAUGGUGGCAGAGGAGGUAGUGUGGCGGGUCGAGAUGGAGGAGGCUCUGCUUGAGAUGGGGACCCUGGCCAUGACACCCAGGCAUAUACAAAAGCUCGAGCUACUGGUGCAAUUUAUUCGAGCCCAGAGGAGCUCCCAAGGAGGGCAGCCCCUACUUUCUGUCCGCCAGGCCAGCCUUCUCAGUGCUCUGCUGGUUAUGGCAGUGACCCACUGGGAUAUAACACAGCUGCUGGAGAAGCACCAGGUCAAUGAUCUGACAGACUUCCACUGGGCUCGCCAACUCAAGUACCACAAGGGUUCACCUCACUUGGUCCCCCAAACCCCUCUGCAGAGCCUUAAGACUUUUGCAUCCACUGAGCCUUCCCAGCCACCAGCUGCCUGCUGGAUAGAUGUGCUGGGUAGGUCCUUCCUGUAUCAUUAUGAGUACCUGGGUCCCAGACUGGGGCCUGUACCCUGCCUGCUGCUUGAGCGUGCAGUGCUAAUUCUGUUAUUGGCCCUGGAGGAGGUGGCCUGUGGGACCCUAGUAGGCCCUGAUGGCGUGGGCAAGACAAGCACGGUGAACAGCCUGGCACAGGCUCUGGGCCGCCAGCUGGUGAUGGUGCCAUGCUCGCCUUAGAUAGAGGCCCGAUGCCUGAGCAGCCACUUGCUGGGCGCCCUGCAAAGUGGUGCCUGGUUGUUGUUGGUGGGAGUUCACCACCUACCUUCUGGCUUACUCUCUGCCCUAGGCCAGCGCUUGGCUGAACUGCACUGCCUCUAUGCCCCACGGUACCAGGAGGCAUCCCAAAGCAUCUGCACCGCAGACCCCACCAAACCCCAGAUCCUUGGCAGUGGCUUGUUUGAGAACCAUCAUGUGUCUGUAUGUCUUGGCUAUGGCUGUCUCCUGACACUGCGUGCCCUGAGCCCUGCUGUGCCUGCCAACCUGCAUCUGCUAUUGCGACCUGUGGCACUGGCACUGCCUGACCUGCAGCAAGUGGCAGAGCUGACUCUGCUUGGUGCAGGGGUACAAGAUGCCUCUAGCAUGGCUACCCGCCUAUCUAAAUUCUUCUCCCUAGAGUGUGAGCUGGUGUCUGGGGCCCUGCCCUGCCACUUGCCACUGCUCAAGCAGAUACUGGAAGAGACAAUACAGACACUAUAUAUGACCAAGGAGGAACUCAAGUCCCAGGAUUCUAGCAGCCUAGCUGCCACUGAGGAGGCUGCCUUACUACGCGCUCUGCUACACUCACCGCUGUUCAGCCUUGGUGGGCUCCGCCUGCACAACCUCCGAGAGCUGCUCUGUGGGAUUUUCCCUAGUGCUAGCCAAGUGCUGGCGGAGCCUAUGACCCAUAGGCUGAUGAAGUCCCUGGUGGCAGACGAACUGCAACAGGUAGAUCUGCAUCCAAGUCCCGACCUUAUAGGGUCCCUGGAGCAGCUCAGUGAGGCCCUGAGCCGGGCCUCAGGCAUUCUGCUCCUGGGUCCUGCAGGGAGUGGUAAAACCACUUGUUGGCACAGCUUAUUUAAGAUUCAGAAUUGGUUGGCAGCCAUGGAGAAAACCUUAACCCAGAGAUACCAGUCUGUGGAAAUUACUCACAUGUACCCCAGUGUGCUUAGCUCCCAGGAAUUCCUGGGAUGGCUAGAGGGCCCCUACUGGCACUAGGGUAUCUUUCCCAGGCUACUUCAUGCAGCCCCUCAUUGUAGCAGCAUGGGCCCAAAGGAGCAGACUGAGGAAUCAAUGGGGAUCCAGCACUGGGUAGUAUGUGAUGGGGCCUCUAGUGCUGCUUGGCUGGACUCCAUCACUUGCCUUCUGAGUGACCCGCCUCAACUUAGCCUCCCCAAUGGACAACAGAUAGCAUGACCCCCAGGUACUUUGUUUUUGAUGGAGGUAGCCGAUGCAACAGGUAUAUCCCCUACAUUGGUGGGCUGUUGUGCCCUAGUCUGGUGUUGCGGGGAACAGACUUGGCAGAGUAUGUUUAGCAUCCUGAUGGCAGCCCUGCCUCGUGAGUACCACCUGCAGCCCCAGACAGUUGCUGAGCUCAGCCACCUGGCUGAUGGUCUGGUGCCUGCAACGUUCCAAUUCCUCACUCGAAAGGGUGCUAGUUCUUUGCUGCAGGUACAUGGGCAUCAGACUGUUUGCCCAGGAGUGGCUGAAGUCACCAGCCUGGCUCGCAUCUUGCGUAGUCUGCUUGACCCCCAUCUGCGCCUAGAUGAGGAGGAGAAGGCACAUGAUCCAGAGGACUUCAGCUUCACGUCUUCAAAAACCAGCUGUCUGAACUGGCCCAAAGUUGACAGCCAUGAUGUGCCAAUUAAGGAUAGGGAGCAUUUAUUUGUUCUCAGCAGCUUUCUUUUUGCCCUGAUUUGGGGCUUUGGAGCCCACCUUCCUUCCAGCUUCUGGCCCUUUUUUGAUACCUUCAUAAGGAGUUCUAUCAGUGGCUUCUCCAACUGUCCUGAGCUACCACCUGCAGUGUUGGUGUUUGAUCUAUAUGUGAACCCUGAAGAUGGGACACUAGUCCCCUUCACUGGCGAAUAUCUGAACAGCCGCAUCAAGGGAACUCUGGGUACCUUCCACCCUUCUACUCAGACUGAACGGCUCUUGUACAUGGUAGACCUGCUUCUUUCGAGGGGACAGCCUGUGCUGCUGGCUGGAGAGGAAGCAACGGGGAAGUCAGCCUUUGUGGAGGUGCUAGUGGAGCCAAAUCAUCCUUACAUAUACAGCCCUGUCCACCAUGCCUCCAGUUCUACCCACUUUCGCCUCCUGCUGAGCAGAGGAGUCCAGGACCAAGCACAAGCCAGUCCAUGGUCUGCAUGUCAUCAGGAGUCUAAAGGCUCCCUCCUCUUCCUGGUGGAGGAUCUGCACUUGGCUUCUUCUGAUGCAGAGAAGAGCUGCCAGCCAGUGUUGGAGACUUUGCGACAGGCCAUGGACGGCACUGUGUAUGCCCACGGCACAUUGGAACUGCAGACACUGCAGCCGAUAGUCAACUUCCUUGCCAUUACCACAGUGCCAGGAAGCUGUGAGCGCCCACUGUGCCCAUGCCUCUCUCGACUCUUCACAGUGCUUGCCCUAGGCAGCAUGACGCCGGCCACCCUGCUGAGCAGGCACACACCGAGCAUCCAAGCCUGGCUUGAGCGGUUUCCCUCUGUGGAACAGGAGGGCAUUCUGGGAAAAGCCCUGGUGCAGGCCUCGGUGGAUGCCUGGGAGGCUGUGAGCCACUGUUUCAUGCCUUCACCUCUCCACCCACACUACCAUUUUUCCCUGCACUCUGUGAGCAACCUUCUGGAAAGCCUGCAGCUACUGCCUACCAGAGUGGGCUCACAAGUUUCUGAAGACUGUUUCUAUGACAAGGAGCACUUGUACCGGGUGUCAGGCUUACGUGGCACUUGCCUGACUAUUAUGAUGACCAUGCGCUGCAUGGUGUGCCUUUGGUUGCAUGAGGCACAGAGAACAUUUUGUGACCGGCUGGACAGCCCCAGGGAACGUGCCUAUUGUGCCAAGCUGCUCCUAGAAAUAGCUCAGAGAGUCUUCUGCCACAGGCCGGGGCCCCAGCACUUGGCCAAGGAUCAUGAGGAACAGGAGGAAGAGGAGGAGGAGGAGGGAGUACCUGAAGUCGAAUCUGAGGGAGAGUUGGCCCAGUGGGAAGACUUAAGCAACAGCAACAGUGAAACAGAGGAGGGAGAGGACCCUUAUGGCCUUCAGGGCACCACAAGCUCCUACGUCAGUGAUCCAAGUCUAGCACCAUCCAUGAAGAGAGUAAGCAGGGAGACCAUGGGAAGCGUAAGUCACAAGAUGGAACAGGGAGAAGGCAGAAGGGCUGCCAGCUAUAAGCUCCAGUCAAAGGAAUUCAAACCUUGGCGGCAGAAGGCAGCCCAGAUGGACAUGGUCUCACCCCUGUUGCUACCAGUACUGCUACUCCGUCCCAAGGAAAAACCCUCAGACUUGGUCUUCUGUCAGGAGCUGAUAUUUGGGUCCAAUUCUGAGGGCCCCAACUUGUAUCUAGAACGACAAUGGGAAAGCUUGGAAGGGCAGCUGGCUGCUUCAGCUGCUCAGCUGAGAUUGAGCCCCCACCUUGUCCGGUGCCGCUCCAUGGCCCAGCAUGUGGCCCGCCUGGUCCGGGUGCUGGCCAGGCCCCGGCAGCAUGGCCUACUGCUCUCAGGGGCUCUGGGUACUGGGUGCCAUAUUGCCAUCACUCUGGCCACUGGCAUUUGUCGGGCCCACCUCUUCCAUCUGCCAAGUGGUCCAGAGGAGGCUAUUCUCCAGUGUCUGCGAGACGCCAGCUGGCAUGCUGGAAUGUCAAGCUACCCAGUGGCCCUGCUGGUGCCCAAGGAUGUGGAUCUCACUACUCUUCAUCGGCUGGUGGCUCUGGCAACCUCAGGCAGUUUCCCUGACCAGUACACAGAGGCAGAUUUGGACAGCACUGAAGAACAUCUCCCCAGGGAAAACCCUGGUGUCAAAUAUAACUUUAAGAAGGAAAUGGUGCUGCAGAGAUUCUACCAGCAAGUGUGUAGCCUGCACAUGUUUUUCCUGAUUGGAGAUGACCUGGCCCAAAAGAAGCUGCCCUCCACCAUUUUCCUGAGGCUCCUUCAACUGGCCACUGGCAGCAUUGACCGCUGUGAACCUUGGGCCCAAGCUUCCCUGGUGAGAGUGGCCCAGUACCACCUGGAGGGUACUCAAAGCCUACCCGCUGAUGACAGAUCCUUGAAGUGCCCAGACCUCCAGGCCUCAAUUCCCAGUGUGGCUAAAGCCAUGGCUCUCAUCCACCUCUCUGCUGCCUACUACCAUGAGCACUUGUGCCCUGUAUUGCCACUUGUCACCCCCAAGACCUUCCUAGACUUCCUGGAUACCUUCAUGCUGCUGCAGCAAAAGAUGGUCCUGCAGAUAAAGAAUAAAGCAAAGAGGGUCCAGAAUGCCCUGGAGAAUCUGCGAACUCUGGUUGAGCAGCACAGUAUGCACACCACCCUGGUCAUCAACUUGGAGCAGCAACUGAAAGGCGCCUACGAGAACCUCAACCUAUGUCAGCAGCAGCUGGAGAAGAGCAAGCUCCUGUACAAGAGGCAGCUGGCAGAGUGUCGACAUCAGGAGAACCUUACCGAGCAUCUGGCCAAGCAGCGGGAUGCCCUGCAGGCUCAGCAGGAGGCUUUCCUCGAGCAGAUGGGAAAGGCCUUUCUGGGCCCUCUGAGCCAGCUGCAGGUGGCUGACUUUGAAGAGAUACAGAGCUAUCGAGCACCACCAGAGUCUGUAGUGCAGGUGACUAAUGCACUGUGUGACCUGUUCCACCGUGAAACCGGCUGGGCCAGUGCCAAGCAGCUUUUAUGCACUGAGGAUUUUUAUCAGGAGCUGGUGUUCUUCCCCAAGGAGAAGAUGACGGACUCAGACCUGGUAAAGUUAAACCAAGCUCUGAAGGCUCCAGGCAUGAGCGACACUGCCCUGCGAGCAGUCAGCGUGCCUGCAGCAAGCCUGGUGGCCUGGCUCCGGGCUGUUCUGCACUACGGGGUGGCACAGCACUGGGGACUGCCCAUGGGCCUGCUGCUGCAGCAGGUGGAGGCAACCCUGGCUCGGGAGCAGGCCCGCCUAGGCCACUACCAGCUGCAGGUUCAGGAGAAGCUGGAGGCUAUUCUGAGCCCUAAGAAGGUGCAGGAUGCCCAGGCUUCCCACAGGCGUAUGGUGGCGACCCUCACUCUGGCACAGUGUGGCCACUAUAAAAAGUGCCCCGUGAAGCCUGCGCUAAUCACGCCCAUGCACACUUGGACUACCCAGCUCCAGAACAUGAGGGGACACUGCAUGACCGUGUUUGGAGAUGCUCUCAUGUAUUCAGCUGCCAUUGUCUACCUGGGUCCUUUCCCACCACUACGGCGCCAGGAGCUGCUGAACAAGUGGCUGGCCCUGUGUAGGGGCUUGCAGGAGGCCCUGGGCCCCGAUGACGUGGCACAGGCACUGAAGCCAAAGCAGAAGUCUGGCAUCAUGCCACCAAAGAACCCCCUGCUGCCCACACGCUUUCCCUUCAAUGUUCUAUCUUUGCUGAGCUGCAGCUCUGAGCAGAAUCGGUGGGACCGAGACCUGAAGCCCCAGGGAAAGUCAGCCCGCCUGGCGGGCCUGCUCCUCCGAAGCUGCACCCACUACCAUAGUUGCCGUUGGCCUCUGCUGCUUGACCCCAGCAACCAGGCCCUCAUAUGGCUGAGCCCACUGCCUCUGGAAGAGAACGGGCGUUUGGCAUCACCUGCCACUGCGGGCAGAGGGAAAGGCCUCAUGAGAAAUCCAAACGGAGAGAACAAACAAGAGCCCAUGGAAGGAGACAAUGAUGGUGAAGACAGAAAUAAGGCUACAGACCAGACAGAAGAGCAGAACGCAGAGCAAUGGGAAAAUGAGGAGGAGGAGGAAGAACAAGAGGAGAAAGAGAAAGAAGAGAAAGAGGAGAAAGAGAGUGAGACAGAGAAUCAGGAGUCAAAAUUAGUCUCUGAGACUCUGUCUCCGCCUCUUCUCUGCCUUAGUGUGCUCUCAGGCACUGACCCAGAGUUGGGUCCUCGGCUCCGGGAGGCAGCUGCCAGUGGCCAGCCUGUGCUCCUGACGAACAUGGAGCUGGGCCUAGGGUGCAAAGAACUUCAGUGGCUGCUGCAGCGGGAGCAGCUGAGUCCACCCCUCGUGCACCCUGGCUUCUGUCUCUAUCUGAGCACUACCCUCCCCCUCCAUGCCCUGGAUAAAGUGCUAGGUUGUGAACUGCUGAAAGGGCUGAAUAUCCUGGAUCUGGGCCUAAACAUGGAAAUACUAGAAAACCAGAUGCUACAUGAAGUCAUGUACAGAGAGUGUCCUGAGCUUGAGAUCCAUUGGGAGGACCUAAAGAUCAGAGCCCUGGAUGCCUGCGAAGCCCUGGAGGCUGCUGAGUUGCUGAUGAUGCUGCUGUUCCAGAACCCAGAGCAUCAGAAACCAGCCAAGUUUCUACGGGACGUUGUGCAAGUCCAGGCAAAGAUCUGUCAGAUGCAGGCCCAUUGUGAGGAACUAAAAGAACAGAAGCUGCAAGAGGUGGUAUUGUGGGUACCCUACCAGCAGGUGGUUUGGCAUGCAAUGGCCAUAGUAAAGGCCCUAAGCCCACUACAGAACUUGCUGCCCUUUUUCCAUAUGAGUGCAGAAAAUUGGCUGGCAGCAACCAGGCAGGCUCUGGACAGCAUGAAGCCGCAUGAUGUUCAUCAUAGGGACAACCUGGCCAGACAUCUGCUGCAGCUGAAAACACACCUGACCCGCCAGCUGCUGGGCAGCACCUUCACUGCACUAGGACUAACCCAAGUACCCUUGGUGGGUGCCUUGGGUGCUUUGGCUCUGCUGCAAGUGACAGAGAAAGUACCAAAGCUGGAGAGGCUGGCACUAUGGCCUGGACUGGCAGCCUCUCCCAGCACAAGCCACCAAAAGCCAGACCCAGGUGUGGUUUGGCCAGAUUGGCUUACGCCAGAAACCUGGCAUGAAUGUGGGACUUUAGAACUCCUGCCUCCAUUUGUUGGGCUUUGUGCAUCCCUGGUAAACCAUUCCAGUGUAUGGCAGGAUUACCUGUCACUGUCAUCCGCAGUGCUGGGCCCUGCACCUGGGCCCAGCUCUGAACCACUCAGCGUCCUCCAGAAGUUGAUCCUGUGGCGUGUGCUUCGACCGGAGUGCCUAGCAGGUGCCCUAGCAGACCUCACCACCAGCGUCCUGGGCCGGCCUCUGGAUGAGAACCUGGGUAGCCCCAUCUUGCCCUUUGAACUUAGUCAGGCUACUCAGCCCAUACUGAUCUUGUUGCCACCACCUGGCCACCCUACAGCCACCCUACAUCCUCUCACUGUCACCCAGAAAAUGGCUGCCGAGCAUAAGCAGGGGCAAAAGCAUCUGCAGAUGAUAGCCCUGGGCUCGGAAGCCUGGAACCCGGUCUCAGAUGUGGUCAGCACUCUACGCCAGGCUAUGUCUGAGGGGCACUGGCUGGUGCUGGAUAACUGUCAUCUGAUGUCCCACUGGCCAAUGGAGCUACUGCAGCCCUUGCUGGGACUGUUGGGUGGAGCCAAAGUAGUCUCGGACCUGGAACUGGAACAGCUUUCAGCUCAGCCCGAAAGCAGGAACAUGGCCACUGUCCAUAGAGAUUUCCGUCUUUGGCUUAUUGCAUCUGCAGAGGCCAGUGCUUCUUUGCCAGCUGUGCUGAGCCAGCAUUCCAUGCCUGUUUUCUGGAACCAGUCAUUGGAGCUGGGUCACAUCUUGAUGCACAGUCUGGAGCUGGCCCAACAAGGAGUUCACAUGCAGCCUCCUACCCAGGCACUGCCUCUGCUGCUCCUGCAUGGCCUCCUGCUGCACCGGCAGCUCUAUGGAAUGAGGCUGCAGGCACACCGGGGGCACUGGAGUCAUCUGACCCUGACCCAGGCCCUUGCGACCCAAGAGCAGCUGUGGGCCAGUCUUACCAAUCCCGGCACUGCCAUGCAAGAGCUGGCUGCUUCUGUUUUCUAUGGGGGAUCUCUGGGGGAUACCAAGGACAGAGAGGCCCUGACUAGCCUCACCCAAGCCUGCUUGUGCUUCAGCUGCCCGAGCUGAGUCCGACCACACACACCUCAGUAUCUGCUGGCCACCCUGAUGCCCAGCCCAGAGCUGGGGAAGCUGGAUGCCAUGGCAGAGUGCAAGGCCCAGAUGCACCUACUGCCCACACCGUCUGAGCCCCAGAUCUGUGGACUGAGUGAGGGCCCGCAGGCCUGGCUGUUGCGGCGCCAGAGUCGUGCUCUCCUGAGCGUGUUCCAGCGGAGUUCAAGCACGUGGGUUCCUGCAGCUCGCAGGGGCGCCGGGCGCUCGGAAAGGCGGCUGCGGCAGCGCCUAGUGCAAGUCAAGCAGAAGUUGGAGUCAUUGCAGGCCCUGCUCAACAACCACACUCGCCGAGACCAGUCUUGGGCGGUGCGGGGCCGCAGUACCAGGCAGCCUCUGGAGGACUUCCUAGAGACCGAAGCGUUGGAACUGAGUCAGCUGGUGGGUGUGCUGCAGCGUGACCUUGACUGCCAGCUUCGGCAGCUGAAGGGCGAACCCCCGUGCCUCUCCCGCCGCUGUGCCGCGGUGGCCCACGCUCUCUGGACCGGCCGCCUACGGGCGCCUUGGCGACCCCGUGCGCCCUCUGGUCCGCAGCCGCCCUGGCAAUGGCUUCGACAGCUGUCGUACCGUGGGCAGCUGUUGGUUAGUUACCUGGGCUCGAACGCAGGGACUGAAGUAUCAGAGCGCGUCUUUCACCUGUCAGCCUUCCGCCACCCGCGCCGCCUGCUGCUAGCACUGCGUUGGGAGGCUGCCCUGGAGCAGCGUGCGUCCAGCUCGAAAUUUCCUGGCAGCCAAGGCACCAGCUCCUGUCAUAUCCCGCAUAAAAGCCGGGAACUAAGCAGCAGCCCUCUGCACCUCCAGGUGGAAAAUAGCCCAAACCCCAUGGUUCCAGAGAGGGGGCUGCUGCUGACAGGGCUGCUGCUGACAGGGCUGCAGCUUCUGCGUGCUGAGUGGGACCCGGUAGCGGGGGCCUUGCAGGACAGCGCUUCCAGCCAACCCAGCCCUCUGCCUCCUGUCAGCGUUAGCGCGAGCGCCCAGUGCACCAGUGCCCCAAGGAGCGGGGACGGCCUGGCUGUGUACUCCUGUCUUGUGUACGCGGCAGGGCCCCUCGGCACCACUAAGCUGCACAGCAGGAAUAUCGUGAUGCAUAUUCCCCUACCCACGAAACUUAGCCUCGCCACCUGUAUCCAGCGCAGGGUCCAUGUGUGCAGCCCACCCUUGCCCUGAGCUCUCUACCAAAAAUAAAAUCGUUGUGAUCCCAUGAAUGAUUUAUGGAAUUUGGAAAGAGAAUGAGGCACGCACAGAAGGCAAAAUAUCACACACACAAAAAAUAUAUUGUGCACAAAUGAGGAAAGGUGUUUUCGCAUGAAGAAGGGGCAAGUGCCUGGCAACUAGGGAGAGGAGAGGGGUACAUUUCAGAAGGUGGCUGGUGUGAGUCAUCUAAGGGACCAGGCAGAUUUGGCAAUGGCUAACACACGGAAUCCUGAAUCCAUUCCCAGCUCUCUACUGUGGCCUCAGAACAUGCACUCAAUCCUCAAGGGAUAUUUUUGAAGGGAGAACAUUAAAACUCAAAAUGCUUUCUUAGGACAUUUAGUGUUAUUAUUGGCAAUGUUCCAUUCCAGCCCUAACACUCACACACAUCAUCACCUAUGAUGGAUUCUCUAAAUGAGUUCUAUAUACAAAAAACAAAAGCUAAAUAAGAGGGAAAAGGUCAUGGUGGUGCAGGCCUGUAAUCCCAGCACUCGGCAGGCUGAGGCCAGCAGGGCUAUAUAGUUAGACCCUGUCUCAAACAAAACAAAACAAAACAAAAAAACAACAAAAAACAAAAGGAAAAAUCAGAACGUCCUGUGUUCAAAAAUUAUUUAUUCAGCACUCAUCCACACCAGGUGUUCUUCCGGGCAAUGAUG